UUGAUCGCUGCACUCGCUCUCCAGGCGGAACUCUCGGUCCCGGAACCUUGACGCAGCACCUCCAGCGGGGGAAGGAGUUCUGGGAGCACUAGUCCACCCGAACCGGCAGCCAGGAGACGUCACUGGCCGGGAAUCCCCUGAGAGACCGGCGGGUACCGAGCUCGAGCGGCCCGGGGAGCGAGGGACAUGGCGGAGACUAUUACAAUUCGUGUUCAGUCUCCAGAAGGAGUAAAGCGCAUUGAUGCAAGCAAACGUGAAUCAGCAGCAACUUUUCUUAAAAAGGUAGCAAAAGAGUUUGGCUUUAGAAAUAAUGGUUUCUCUGUGUAUGUAAAUAGAAACCGUACAGGAGAAAUAUCUGCUUCACAAAACAAAUCGCUGAACCUUCUCAAAAUCAAACAUGGGGACAUGCUAUUUCUGUUUCCAAGGAAUGCUGCUGGACCCUCCACGGAGGUUAUGGAUACAUCAGCCUUGACCCAGAGUCGACCAAUGAGUGCUCCCCAGGUGGUGGAGGAUGAAAUUGACCAAUAUCUGAACAAGCAGGAUGGAAAGAUCUAUAGAAAUAAAGACCCCCAGCUAUGUCGCCAUGGACCUCAGGGUAAAUGUGUACACUGCGUACCCCUAGAGCCCUUCGAUGAGGAUUAUCUAAAUCAUUUAGAGCCCCCAGUCAAACACAUGUCCUUCCACGCCUACAUCAGGAAGCUGACCGGAGGUGCGGACAAGGGGAAAUUUGUGGCCUUGGAAAAUAUCAGCUGUAAAAUCAAAUCUGGCUGCGAGGGGCACUCCCCAUGGCCCGAAGGGAUAUGUACCAAAUGUCAGCCGAGUGCCAUCACGCUUAACAGACAGAAAUACAGACACGUGGAUAAUAUUAUGUUUGAGAACCAUACAAUCGCAGAUCGUUUUCUGGACUUUUGGCGCAAAACUGGCAACCAGCGCAUUGGCUACCUUUAUGGUCGUUACACCGAACACAAAGAUAUUCCACUGGGUCUUCGGGCAGAGGUAGCUGCUAUCUAUGAACCUCCACAGAUUGGAGCUGAGAACAGCGUGGAGCUGCUUGAUGAUCCAAAGGCUAAAGUGGUGGACGAGAUAGCAGCCAAACUUGGACUUGGAAAGGUUGGCUGGAUUUUUACAGAUCUUGUUUCAGAAGACACAAGGAAAGGUACUGUCCGGUACAGUAGAAAUAAAGAUUCGUAUUUCCUGAGUGCUGAGGAGUGCAUCACGGCAGGAUACUUCCAAAACAAACACCCAAACCUGUGCCGUUUGUCGCCAGAUGGACAUUUUGGCUCCAAAUUUGUCACUGUUGUGGCCACAGGGGGACCAGAUAACCAGGUGCACUUCGAGGGAUACCAGGUUUCUAAUCAGUGCAUGGCUCUGGUUCGGGAUGAGUGCUUGCUUCCCUGCAGGGAUGCUUCAGAGCUGGGCUAUGCCAAAGAAUCCAGCAGUGAACAGUAUGUGCCUGAUGUCUUCUAUAAGGACGUAGACAAAUUUGGCAAUGAAAUCACCCAACUGGCACGACCACUUCCCGUAGAGUAUUUGAUCAUUGACAUCACGACCACAUUCCCCAAGGAUCCUGUCUACACGUUCUGCACCUCCUCCAAUCUGUUUGCCAUUGAAAACAGAGAUGCCCUGGGUGAAACUCAGGACUUCCACAGUUUGGCCAACUACCUUUCCCAGAAUUUAACCUCCAAUUUUCUUGAGAUCAUCUCUGACUUUCAUUUGCUUCUUUUCCUGGUAACCAACGAGGUUAUGCCUCUGCAGGAUAGUAUCAGUUUACUCCUGGAUGCCGUGAGGACCAGGAAUGAAGAGCUUGCCGAAACCUGGAAGAAAUCAGAGCAGUGGGCAACCAUCGAACAGCUGUGCAGCACCGUUGGUGUUCAGCCCUCUGAACUUCAAGAAUUUGGAGCGAUUGGAGGAACCACACAUGUUCCUGCAACUGCCAUGUGGUCCUGUUUGCACUGCACCUUUAUGAAUCAGGCGGGUACAGACCAGUGCGAGAUGUGCCGGCUUCCCCGGGCCUAAGAGCAGUCCUUUUGAUUGGGGGGCAUGCAAAAAACAUCGCCCUCAAGGAGCUGCCCCUUUCAGCCAGCUUUCAGCCAGUCCCCAACCCUGUUAUGUUGCUUUUAGGGCUCUGUGAGGGAGAAGCCCCAUGUGCCGGUCCUGCAGGUAUUCACUUCUCCAUGAGUUGCCCAAAGCAGUGACUGCAUCAAAGGUUACUCAUCCACAGACAAAGGCAAGCGCCAUCAUUUUUGGGUGCGAGUUGUCAUUUUGGCAUCCUUGUAUUAACCCACAACAUUAAAGUACGGUAUGCAGUUUACAGAAACCCCCAAAAAUAUAUAAUACAUAUAUCUAGAUUUGAAACGUUUAACCAUAAUUUUUUGAAUUUUAUUUAAUAUCCAUGCAGAACCACAAUCCCGGAGACCAUAACUCUACAUGUUGCAAGCAGGAGAUAUAUGCCAUCCUGGCACUAGAAGGGUUAUGGUGUUAGCGCUAGUUACCAUUGGCAUCAAGUGUUUCACUUACCCUUUUGUUGCCAAUCACUGUUUGUGUUACAGUCAUUUCUGGUGCUCAAAAGGUUAAUGGGGGAUCUCAUUCCCAAGACACGAUAUAUGUUUGUUUUAAAAUUCUAGGGAUUAAACUUUGCCCAUUCCACAAAUA